AUGACUGAAACCUGAGUUUGAAUGACAGUGCUUCUCACUUAGAAAAGGCAAAGAACACAUUGGUUUCACAUAUCCUGCAGCCUGGUGCACAACUGAUACCUCCAAACAGACGGAAAUGGCACAGAAGACAGCGCUGAUUGUUUAUGCCCACCAGAGUCCUGCCUCAUUCAACGCUGCUGCGCGAGAUGCAGCUGUUGAGGCUCUGACAGGACAAGGCUAUAAAGUCCUAGUGUCGGACCUUUAUGCUAUGAACUUCAAAGCCUCAGCUACUGCAGAGGACAUUAAGGGGGAUCUAAAGAACGCCGAGCACUUUGUGUAUAAUGAGGAGAUGUUGGUCGCAUGGCAAGAUAGUCGCCUUAGUGACGACAUCACAGAAGAACAACAGAAGGUGAAGCAGGCAGAUCUGGUUAUCUUUCAGUUCCCUCUCUACUGGUUUAGUGUACCUGCCAUCAUGAAGGGCUGGAUAGACCGAGUCUUAAUUCAGGGAUUCGCCUUCUCUAUGCAGAGGAUGUAUGACAACGGCAUGUUUCAGGAAAAGAAGGCCAUGCUUUCAUUCACCACUGGGGCAACAGAGUCCAUGUUUCAGCCUGAUGGCAUCCAUGGAGACAUCAAUGUUGCACUCUGGCCCUUACAGAAUGGGGUGCUGCAUUUCUGCGGGUUUCAGGUCCUCACUCCUCAGAUCUUCUGGUGUCCUGCAUUCUCUCCUCCACCUGUGAGAACAGCCAUGUUAGAUGCAUGGCGGGAAAGGCUGAGUGGUCUGAUGGUUGAAAAGCCUCUGUCCUUUGCUCCAACCGAAUUCUUUGACCUUAGUUUCCAAGGAGGCUUUCGUCUUCGGCCAGAGGUUAAAGAGCAAUUUGCUUCUCAGCCCUAUGGCAUUACUACAGCACAACAUUUGGGCAAACCACUCCCUCCAAACAACCAGAUGAAAGCUAAACAAAUGGAUUCAUAACACAUGCCUCAUGCAAUGGGGUUGUUAUAGCAGAAUGAAGGAGUUCUGGGUGAUAUAUUCCAUUCAGCCAAUACUAAUCCAUAAAUCAAUAGUCACACUUAUAUCUGAUAUCUGUUGUUAUUUUAGGGUGUAGCUGUAAUCAUCAGAGUGUUUUAAUAAAAGAACAAAUUUUGCCUUACCUUUACUCAUCAUGUUUUAAUGUUCUCUAAGGUAUAUUGUCAGGUUUGGAUGGUAAACUAACAUUUAAUAAUAAAGUGAACUAUGAUUUUAAAGUGUUUUGUUUUUAAGUCCUUAUAAUAAUUGCUUGUUUUUUUCUGUGUUGGUUUCUGACACCUAGUUUAAAACUGUCUUUAAUUAUAAUUAUUUUGUGAACUCUAUUCUCCAAAAUAAA